CCUUUCGUCAUGGGCGUGGGGCGUGCCCUGCGGUCCCUGUCGCGUAGUUGGUACGUGUGUCGGAUCACGUGCCUGAGUUUGUUCUAUCAGGAAUUCAUGUCUUGGUCGUACGUGUUGGAUACACUCUUGGAGCCGUGGUUCCGCUUGGGCGACUACGGCACGCAGGCUUUGGGCCCGUUAUUUGUGCUCACGGUGGUGUCACUCAAUGCUCUGGUGGUGGGCAUUGCUUACCUCGUGGGAUUGCCCUACUACUGGCGGAAGAACACCCAACUGGCCUUAGGUUUGGUCGUGGUAGGACAGUGGUUCUUCGUCAACAUGGUGUUUCACUUCUAUCGAGCUUGGUCAUUGAGUCCGGGUUCUCCACCAACAACGGGUCAAUCACUACCCCAAGUCAGCUCAAUUUGCAAGAAAUGUAUCGCUCCUAAACCUCCUCGUACACAUCAUUGCUCCGUAUGCCAACGGUGCCACCUUUGUAUGGAUCACCACUGCCCGUGGUUGGACAACUGUGUUGGGUUUUUCAAUCAUCGCCAUUUCUUUCUGUACAUGGUAUUUACGGUGCUAGGCUGUCUGUUCCUCAUGGUGUUUGGCUUGGAAGUCAUGCUCGAAGCUUUGAUCACGGCCAACCCCACCAUUCCAGUGGUUAACUUUUGGAACAAUUGCCCCAUUUCCACGCGCUCUCUAGUCAUUUUUGAGGCGUUCUUGACCUCGGGUUGCUUCCUGAUUUUGGGAGGCCUUACGCUCUGGCACGCCCGACUCAUUCAUCGGGGCGAGACGAGUAUCGAGGCCCACCUGAAUCGAUCCGAAACGAGACGCUUGGCUGUGGAUGGGCGGGUUUACCGAAAUCCGUACGACUUUUCUCCCUACUAUAACUGGUGCCUGUUCCUCGGAAUGAUCGAUGGCCGGGGUUGGCGCCAUGUUCUCCUACCUUCGACGCACUUGCCCUAUGGUACGGGCCUGGAAUUUGAUUCCAUUUACAGCUGUGAUAUUCCUUGGAACUUUCCUCGUGUUCAAAAUCAACCAAAGAGAGUGCCCAUGAAGCUGGCUUGAAAACUCGAAAUACAUUGGUAGUGUCAAA